CUCUCUCUCUCUCUCUCUGUGUUUGCAUUUCUCCGAGAAACAAGAAGUUUAAACUUUGUUCCGGUCGAAUUUUUAAAGACUAUUGAGUGUCGGAGAUGGCGUCGGUGUCACCUCUGGCCAAGUAUAAAUUGGUGUUCUUGGGAGAUCAAUCUGUCGGAAAAACCAGCAUCAUCACGCGUUUCAUGUAUGAUAAGUUCGACACAACCUACCAGGCUACUAUUGGAAUCGAUUUCCUAUCGAAAACAAUGUACCUUGAAGAUCGAAAUAUUCGUCUGCAGCUAUGGGAUACAGCUGGACAAGAAAGAUUCAGGAGUUUAAUCCCAAGCUACAUAAGAGAUUCUUCAGUUGCCGUAGUGGUUUAUGAUGUAGCCAAUAGGCUUUCAUUUCUCAACACAGCAAAGUGGAUCGAAGACGUCCGCACUGAAAGAUCCGGUGAUGUUACCAUUGUUCUUGUCGGAAACAAGACUGAUCUUGUCGAAAAAAGGCAAGUCUCGAUUGAAGAAGGAGACAGCAAAGGUCGUGAGUAUGGAGUUAUGUUCAUUGAGACAAGCGCUAAAGCAGGAUUCAAUAUUAAGCCUUUGUUUCGUAAAAUCUCUGCGGCGUUACCGGGAAUGGAAUCGUAUUCAAACACGAAAACAGAGGAUAUGGUUGACGUACACCUGAAACCGGCUUCGAGUUCAUCACAAGGCGAUCAGCAGGGAGGAGGUUGCUCGUGUUGACGAUCAAAAAGGAAGAGAAAAGAGACAAAUCUUGAGUUGUUGCCGAGACUCUACAUGUGAGUGCAUCUUUUCUUGAUGAUGGAUGCAGUAAAUUAGCAAAGGGUCGGGUCAGUAGAGGAAAGAGAUCUUGAAAGUGAAAAUUUGAGAGUAACAAGGCAACCAUAGUGAAGUUUAUGCACAGAUUAUAGAAUGAAGAAGCAAAGGAACUUUAUGCACCAAAAGAGAUGUUUACAGUUAGGUAUUAUUGAUGGUUUCGCUGUUUUGCUUCACUCUCAGCGUUAUGUAUAUCAAUAUCUAUGUUCCAAACACAUAAUAUAUUAUAAUGUAUCUGUUUACUUAAAGC